GUUGUGCACCUAGUUUCUGUUUUAACAGAUCAUAAUAAUAACAGCAUGGCAGAUUACAUGUAACAAGCAGUGCAAUUUAAUUGAUAAAUUACGAAAUUGCAAUUUGUUAAAUCUAUACGUGUCAAUCUAUCGCUGUGCGUUCAAUUUUCUCGAUUGUUGCGAAAAUAAAGCAUACUCUAGCGCGGCCGCGAAAUAGUUUCGCGCUUGCAACAGUCGACGUAACAGUUACGUUGACACUAACGUUGCGAAUAAUUAGGAAAUUCUGUUUCCAUUGAACUUUGCUAGUAGGAUACGUUUACAGUGCAAUUGCAUUGACAGUUUUUAACAUACUAUAAUCACAAACAAUUUGAUGUUAAAUAUUGCUCGAGUACUAAUUACAUUUUAAUAUAGUACAAUCAAUCAUUCCUUUCGUUAAAAAGGCGUCAACGUUCAAUUGUAUUGUGAACACUCGCAACGACAGGUUGUCCAGCGUUUUAAGAAGUAGUAACACACGGCCUCAAAAUUCAGCCCCACUACACGACAUACUUUAUUUUCGUAUUAAUUAGUUUAUUAUUUUCGGCGAAUGCGUAUGAAAUGGCUUGGUCUGGCAGAUUUCGUGCAAGAAAUAACAAAGAACUUGUGCAACAUCUUAAACAAUCAAGGAUAAUUAAAUCUGAUAGAGUUUAUGAAGCAAUGUCUGCUGUAGACAGAGGAAAUUAUACCCAUCCCUAUUACGCAUAUGUUGACUCUCCACAAGGGAUUGGUUAUGGUGCAACCAUAAGUGCUCCUCAUAUGCAUGCAUAUGCUUUGGAGAUACUUGAAGACAAAUUACACAAUGGCGCCAAAGCAUUGGAUGUUGGAUCUGGUUCUGGAUAUUUGAGUGCAUGCAUGGCAAUGAUGUUAGAGCCAAAUGGAACAGUUGUGGGUAUUGAUCAUAUUCCUGAACUUAAAGCAUUUGCUGAAGAAAAUAUUAUGAGGGAUAAACCAGAACUUCUCAAAAGCGGUCGUCUUGAAUUAGUUGUUGGAGAUGGAAGAUUAGGAUACCCUGAGAAAGCACCAUACGAUGCUAUUCAUGUAGGAGCAGCAGCCAAGGAAAUGCCACAGGCUCUCAUAGAUCAGCUAGCUCCUGGAGGACGUCUGGUAUUACCAAUGGGCCCAGAGAAUUCUGAUCAAACAUUAGUACAAAUUGAUAAGACAAUGGAUGGAAAGAUUAAGAAGAAGUCACUUACUAGUGUCGUUUUUGUUCCACUCACUAGUAAAAAUAAGCAAUACCCUUCAUGAAAUUCAUGCUUGCUCCAAUAAGUGAGCAUGCCCGCUGAUGUAUCAUUGAAAUUAGAAAAUUCAUUUGUUUUGCAUUAAAAUUGAAUAAUCGUACAAAUUAAUAUAUUUUGUGUUAGAAAAACAAUGUGUAUCUCUAGUCAGAAAAUAUUAUAUUGUACUACAAUGUAAGAAAUUUCUUAAAUUAUUUUUCACGAACGUUAAAAUAUACGUUAUAAUUUAUUGUACUCCGAACCCUUAAGAAUAAAUGCAUUCUUAAAAUGUA